AUGGGUAUUCGCAGUAUGCCUUGGUCAGAGUGGAUUGAGAUUGACAAGGAAUACGCUGCAUACCACCGGGCACGUAAGUUCAGACUGCAGACACGAGGCAGGGAGGUUGUCAGGGUCUUGGAUGAUCGUACCGAGGGAGUGCAGAUUAGAGGAGGUGCAGAAGCAGCGAAGGAGCUGGUGUACGAGAUCGCGGAAUACCUCUCUAGACGAUAUCCAAGCACUUUCAGUGUGACGCGAUACGCACAAAGUGAGAAGGCUACAACGUCACCUCCCUCGGUUGGCGGUUUGCCUUUGGCAUGGGAUGGGCUAUCCCCGAUCAAGACCAUAACUAUCGUGCCUUUGGGAGAGACUUACGAUUUGAGCGUGCUGGAGUCGAUGAGCGGGACUGAUAUGGGCGAGGAAGCGAUGCGGAUUUGCGCUAUGCUAGUGCAGGAAGACCUCGCUAUCAUGAUCGAAGGUGACGAUGGACAGUACUAUUUCCAGGCCGGUGCCAUCUUGAUUCCAGGCUUCUGGCGCAUGCGCGAUAAAAUUGGCAUGCCUCUCGAUGAAAUACACGUCUCGGGAAACGUCCCACAGUUCAGAGAAAAGCUCAAGACAAGCAUGGAACGGUUCUUCCGACGCAUGCCAGUCGACAAGCCAGUCAUCCGGAACAACUACUUCGUGCAGGUCGUCCGCCCUCAAGCUCAAGAGAAGCAUGAGGAAGAUCACGAUCACGACCGCGAACACGACCCCGUCGCAGAGGAAGCUGAGACCGCCUCCGACGCAGACCCAGAGGAGCUCGGCUGGUCCGCGUCGACGAAUGGGGACGAGGACGGGUUCGCGCACGGGCACGGACACUCGGCGGAGGCGGCGUCCUAUCUGGCGCCCGCGACGCUGCGGAUCCGGUCCGAGCGCCAGACGCUCAGGCGGCUCCCGCGCAGCGGGGCGGUUGUGUUCGGGAUCAGGACGUACUUGUUCAAGGUCGAGGAGCUGGCGAGGGAGAGGGGCGUUCCGGCGCGCCUGGCGAGUGCGGUGAGGAGCUGGCCGGACGAUGUCGCGGUGUAUAAAGGGCGGAAGAUGUAUAAGGACGUGCUGUUGAGGUACUUGGAUGAGUGUGCGGAGAGGGAUGUGGCUGAGGGUGGCAAUGGGGUGGAAGACGGGAAAGGAUAUCCGUUCUGA